AAAUAUCAGAAUGUUUUUUACAAUGUCAACGUUCCACUGUGAAUGUCAACAGUUUUAUUUAUUCUAGAAAAUACUCCUCAAACCGGUAAUAAAUAAUGUUUGCGUUAUUAAGUUCAGGAAGAUUGCCACAAACGGACUUCGUAGCUGUAGAUGAAAACAAGCUGCUGAUAAACGUGCCGGAUAUAGAGGGAGUCAAUUUUGUUGUGAUCUUCUUAACUGGCAUCUCGCCCCUUCCUCUGGGCACCGCAGCAGCUAUAUACUUCAGCUGGCCGGAUGCUAAUGCAGCGCCCACAUGGCAAUACCUUGGCCAUAUUAACAACAACAAGCCGUCGGCAAUAUUUAAAAUAGCGCAGCUCAAGAAAAGUCAUGAACUGGAGGCGCAUGCAAAUGGCAUGGUUUUUGGCGCCCAGGAGAUCUCUCACAUAGCACAAAUUGGCAUAUCCAUUGAACCGGAGUUGACGGUUGCACAACAAACUCCGGCAGUGUCCAACGCCAACGACAACAAACAAUUCGGCCAGCGCAUGUUGGAGAGUUUUUUCAAUUAUGCUUCCAGCUUCUGCGUGAGCGUGCCUGAAAUACCUCCCGCCUCGACUGAAACAUACGUGCCUUUUGCGGUGGUGCAGAAUUGGUACACUAACUUUCAGCGGCGAAUGGAGCAGAAUCCAAAUUAUUGGAAACAAUGUUAAAUCUAUUUACUUAAUUGAAUAGUAAGCAAAACUUAUUUUUUAAGUACAUUUGUAUGUUAUUAGCAUUUAUUAAACAUUUUUUAUAAUUUUA